AGUGCCGUCCAUGGCUCACAGCAUGGUUGCCACAGAGAGAAGGAAAUUCUAGACUAGCGCCCCACACGGCGCGGCAUGCCGGCAGCCGCCGCGGCGCUGGACGGCCACGCGCACGCGGGCCUUUCCGUCGGCAACAGCAGCACCAUCUCCGACGAGGGCAUCUGGUACCCACCGCGCCCGAAGAACGUGCCAGAAGCCUGGUGCAGCACGGACGUCUCCGACCAGCACGAGGCGUGGAUGUUCGGGGCGCAGGCCCCUCCGAAGUGGUGCGGCACGGACCUGUACAGGACGUUCCAGAGCCCAAACAUCCCAGGCGGCCAGCACCGCGUGCAGCGCGUCGCUUCGGGCGCGCGCGACGGCACUGCGGCAAGGAUCGAGCGGCGCACAAGUCGAGGCAGUGCCGCUGGAGGCGCCGAGGGGAUACACCGUACACACGAAACGCUGGGACCCCUGCAAGGGCUGACAACGUGCUCUGCGCGGUCUUGGCACUCGUCAAGGAGCCGGGACCCCGAGCGUCUGGAGGUGCGCCGCGCGGUCGAGCAGCGCCUGUGCGAGGCAUGAAGCGCCGAGCUGCUCCCGCGUUUUGACACGGAAUGGAGGCCUGAGCGUCUCGCUCACACGAUUAGCGACGCUGGACUUGAGAAGCCUGGGCAAUAAUAAUCUGCCAGCAUAGGUUGUUUCCUUCCUCCUUGAAGGUCCGUUCCCCUUUUUCCUCGCAGUGUCGUGUUGCUGCGACCUGUGCACCAACCAUAUUGUACAACAAUGGCGGGCUCGGGGUUC